AAAGCAGCUUCUCAUUUUAAAAACAUGGCGUUUUUAAAAUCAUGGAAGUAGCGCUGAGUCUCCUCUCCUUAACGUUCGAGAAGUUUGUAGAGUUUUCUGGACUGCUGAGCCCCAGGAAUGACCUGAAGAAGAAAAAGAUGGAGGAGAAAGCGUUAGAGGUUUACGAUGUGAUCCGAUCGAUCCGGGACCCAGAGAAGCCCAACACCCUGGAGGAGCUGGAUGUGGUGAAGGAGGAGUGUGUGGAGGUGCAGGAGCUCGGGGAUGAGGAGUAUCUGAUUAUCAUCAAAUUCUCUCCCACGGUUCCUCACUGCUCUCUGGCAACACUGAUCGGACUGUGUUUGCAGGUGAAGCUGCAGAGAUGUUUGCCUUUCAAACACAAGCUGGAAAUUUACAUCUCUGAAGGAACUCACUCCACUGAAGAAGACAUCAACAAACAGAUCAACGACAAGGAACGAGUGGCUGCAGCCAUGGAAAAUCCAAACCUGAGGGAAAUCGUAGAGCAGUGUGUGGCCGAACCUGACGACUAACAGCCACACACCCACUUCCUGUACACGUGUGAUGAACUUCCUGUCCACACUGAGACACUGGUUGUUCCCAGGUCUGUGGUCAUCUGGAUGCUGAUCGGUGGAAUCACG